UUAGUGGAGGAAAUUGCAAUAUUGAUAAGAAACAACAUUACUUAAUUUGCCAGCGAGGCGCACCACAAGCCAAUCUCUUGAGACCAUAAACCAUAAAUUGCUUAUCAGUCCGAAUGAGGCAUUAAUCGGCUCUCGGGCACAGCAGCAGCGUUCAAAAUUCAUCGUGUGUCGCUGCAGUCGUGGAGCAAAAUAAAAAAAUAGAAAACAAGAUUAAAAAUAAACUACACCACCUAUUCGGUUCAGUUUUCGGGCAGGCUGACGCACUCGGAAAAAAAUGCAUGUGCUGCUGGUGAACGAGUCUCCGUCGCCGUCGCACAAGUGCAGGGAAAAGUGCGACUAAUUGUAUUCGCCACAAAACGUCAUAUAAACUAUAGUAUAAAAGCGGAAUUGGAAAAUUAGGUCGUCGUUUGUUGUUGCUCUUGGAAUCAAAAUUAUUUGUGGCUUGGCUUAAAAGUUAAAGCAAGCGGACGGACGGACCACGGGCCCAAAGAGAAGUCAACAAAAACGACUUUGAGAGAGAGACGAGGCGACGCACACGAAAUAAUUAUAACAACACGUUCAAAGUGAAGGUCAACGUCACAACGGCGACGACUAAGGCAACGACAUCAGCGGCAACUCUGGCUGCCGAAAACCAAAGUGAACGCCGCCUUCCCUCGAGCUAGCGAUUUUCAGCCUGGGCAACCCCUCCAUAACCACAUCCACUGCAGCACAAUGUCUCCCACAGGCAUGUCCAACUCCACAUCCAUAUCCUUCUCCUCCGCCCAGCGGCUGGUGUUCACAUUCCUACUGGCCCUGCUCAUCAUGGUCGCCAGUGUACUCAGCAGUGACACCGCCAUGCCCACACAAAACAUGUCCCACAAGGAGAGAACGGAGCUAAGGGAAGAGGCGCGCGACAUGUUCUACCAUGCAUAUCGUGCGUACAUGGAAAACGCCUAUCCAGCCGACGAGCUGAUGCCUCUCUCCUGCAAAGGGCGCUACCGGGGCGUGACACCCUCUCGGGGCGACAUGGAUGACAUACUGGGAAAUUUCUCCAUGACCCUGGUGGAUACUCUGGAUACCCUGGUGCUGCUCGGUGACUUUACAGAGUUCGAGCAUGCCGUCAAAUUGGUCAUUCGUGAUGUCCAGUUCGACAGCGACAUCAUUGUGUCGGUGUUUGAGACAAACAUUCGGAUGGUGGGCGGCCUGCUGUCGGCUCACAUUCUCUCCGAGUACCUGCAGAAGCAGGUGGACGUGAUGCACUGGUACAAGGGCGAGCUGCUGGAGAUGGCCCGCGAGCUGGGCUAUCGUCUGCUGCCGGCGUUCAAUACGUCCACAGGGAUACCGCAUGCGAGGGUAAACCUGCGCAACGGCAUGAAGGAUCCCAUGCUGAAGAAGUCGCGCGAGACGUGUACGGCCUGUGCCGGCACGAUUCUGCUGGAGUUUGCUGCCCUGUCGCGUCUCACAGGGGAUCCCAUAUUCGAGGUGCGCGCCCAUGCCGCCAUGGAUGCGCUGUGGAAGCUGCGCCAUCGCGGCUCAGAUCUGAUGGGCACCGUCCUGAACGUCCACUCCGGCGAUUGGGUGCGCCGCGACUCGGGCGUGGGUGCCGGCAUCGACAGCUACUACGAGUAUUUGUUCAAGUCGUACGUCCUGCUGGGCGACGACAAGUAUCUGGCGCGUUUCAAUCGCCACUACAAUGCCGUUAUGAAGUACGUCAGCGAGGGACCCAUGCUGCUGGACGUGCUAAUGCACAGGCCGCACGCGAAGUCCAGGAACUUCAUGGACUCGCUGCUGGCCUUCUGGCCGGGCCUCCAAGUACUGUCUGGUGAUCUGAAGCCAGCAGUGCAGACCCACGAGAUGCUCUACCAGGUCAUGCAGAUGCACAAUCUCAUCCCGGAAGCAUUUACCGUAGACUUUCAAAUCCAUUGGGGCCAGCACCAUCUGCGGCCCGAGUUCAUUGAGUCCACGUACUUUUUGUAUCGCGCCACGGGCGACCACCACUACCUGCAGGUGGGCAAGCGAGCGCUGAAGACUCUGCAGCAGUAUGCCAAGGUCUCCUGCGGCUAUGCGGCUGUGAAUGAUGUGCGGACGGGCAAGCACGAAGAUCGCAUGGACUCGUUCGUCCUCUCCGAGACAUUCAAGUAUCUGUUUCUGCUGUUCUCCGAGCCGCAGGAUCUGAUCAUCAAUGUGGAUGAGUUUGUCUUCACCACGGAAGCGCAUCUGCUGCCCCUGUCGAUUGCACAACUAGGGAAUGCCACGUUUAGCUUUCGGCAAUCGGACGAGCACAAUGUACUCGACUUCAUGCGCACCUGCCCCAGCUCCAAUAAGCUUUUUCCUGAGAAAGUACGCAAACCAUUGCGCAACUUCAUUACGGGCUCGUGCCCGCGCACCAGCAGUGGCAAGCGACUCAGCGCCCUGGAUUUUCAGGCAAGCAAUGCGGAUCAUCUGCGAGCUGUUUACGACAUGGGCAUCACCAUGGUUUCGGUAGGGGACCGCAGCCAAGGCAAGGUGCGACUGUUUCAUAGUUUCUAUAAUGCCAAGAGUCACGAGGAGGGCGAAAUGGGACUGCAGUUUAUGCAGGAGAUGCUUGAGCUAACAAAGAUUCAGAACAUGAAUCAGCUGGCGCAGUUGCAGGCCGUGGCUUAUGCCACUGAUGAGAAGCUUCAGGAUUGGACUGCCCUAAUGGCCGGACCUUCGCACUUUAGUCCAGAGCUGAUUGGUGAGCAGUUUGUCGAGGGCGACGUCAUACUGGCCAAUCCGUUGCGAGCCUGCAGCGAGAAGCUCAAUCCGGUGGAGGAUGGCGCUGAUGAUGCGAGGGGCAAGGUUCUGGUGGCCGAACGCGGCGAUUGCACGUUUGUCAGCAAGGCACGACUGGCACAAAAGGCCGGCGCUGUGGCUUUAAUUGUCUGUGAUAAUGUACCAGGUUCUUCCGGUGAGACGCAACCGAUGUUUGCCAUGUCCGGCGAUGGCACCGACGAUGUACUCAUACCCGUGGUCUUCAUGUACAACGUGGAGUUCAGUAAACUGGCGGCGGUAAUGAAGCGGUACGAGCAUCCGCUCCGUGUGCGGAUCAUGCAAAUGGUGGAGUUCAAGCGCUGGCAACUGGCCAAAGAGGGGCGGCAGAACGGCACGACGGCAUCGGCCCAAAAGCCGGACAGGGAAUUGUAGUGGCUGCACUCCACCCACCCCACCGUAAACGCUUCUGCUUCAGCGGCUCCCGAAAGUGGCUUUCGCAAAACCCCUAUUUGAAAGAAUAUCAAUGGAAAUUUCAACAUUCGUAAUUUGUACAUUUUGGCCGCUUAGUCGCAACUAUAUUAUAAAAUUCUUGUACUUUACUAGACACGUAAGGAUCCCCCCGCACACCCGUAUACGGAACCACUUGAGCUAGCCGUACAUUUUAGGACUUUCCUCUUCGGGAGAGUUUUUUUUGCUUUCAUUUGCAUUUUGUGAUUCGGUUCGGCGCAACUCUCUCAGGCUGGCAAUUGGCUUUCAAGUAGCUGCAACUAUUGCCGGGCCGAUCGAACAACUUCAGAUAUUGCCCACACACAUGGUACAUACACUGUACGAGUGUAGUUCCGCAGCUUCCCCUUCCAAUUUUUAUAUCGAGUUUUACUUUCCGUGUAAGUAAAUCUUUUGUACAUACAAACAUUAGAUGUUAGCAAAACAAAAAGUACUAAUUAGUGUUUAGUUUUAAGCGCAACUAGAUUACUAAGUAAUAAGUCGAUAACGAGAAGCCAAUCUGUAGUUGAAAUUGUUUAGUUCAUAUACCAAAAUAGUUUAAAAUAUACGAGAAUUUGAUAAAACCAAA